UGAUUAGCACUAAUUCUCUGCUAUAAAUAUCGUUACUGAGAUAAAAUCAUUAUAUGGUUGAAGAAUUAGGUAGUGAUCGCAUUAACUUCCUUCAUUAUGAAAUUUCAGGUGCAGAAGCUGCCCAUUCUUUUCCUCUUGCUGUGUUACUGGAGCUUGGCGCCGACCGUGAGUGGAUUUACACCCGAUCAGUUAAAUAGGAUAACAGAUUAUGUCCGCACAAGCUAUAAGUAAGGUUUGCUUCAAAUGAAAUGAAAAUUAUUGAAGGACAGCACGCCUACGUGAUCAAGUUUACUGAUGCUGAAUGCACAAACAUGAAUAAUGAAAAUAUAAGGAGAGCUCUUGAAAAUGAUAAAGUGGCUGACGUUAGCAGUAAACUCAGUGAUAAUAGUGAUAUAUUUCAAGGAGAUCGAAUGGUAGCGGCUAAAUUAUUGCAGAAGAAAGUAAAGAAGAAACUUAUAAGAGUUCAUGCAGAAAGUCGGCUUCUCUCUGGACCAGUCGAAAAUCUACUGAACAAAGCACCCCCUGCUGGAUGUGCCAUAUUUUUCACUCAUAACUCACCAUGCCAUGAACAUUGUACCAAGCCCAAUGGGCCAUAUAACAUUGUAGACAGGCUUGGCCAGUUUAAUAGCAUCAAUAACAGGGCUUUUGUUUACAGACAGGUAUAUGACGAGAAACAAAUCGAAAACUGCUGUCCUAAGGAGCGCUUGAAAUCAAUUGAUGAUAAAAUGCCUCUGUAUCGCUGUACUAAUAACUGCAUCGCCUGCUUUACAGCUGCUGGCUUUAAUAAUGACUGCUUACAGUAAUCCGAGGGGUAAUUUGUAGACUUUUGCCCAAAAAGUUGUAGCUGUGUCGGACAAGCCAAAUUCCUGUUAAUCUGCGCCCAAAUGAAGCGAUCUGUCCGGGAUUUACUUGAUGGGUCAAAGGCAAAUUCCGGACAAAUCAGUUAGUUUGGUGUAAAUUAACAGGAAUUUGAUUUGUUGAAGCGGAGAUGGAUUUGGGCACAAAUCUAAUAAUAUCUACUAAUAUCUACUAAUAUCUACUAAUAUCUACUGAAAGGCAAAUCAUUUCAUCCCAGAGAAUAAAAGCAAGUUUCAAUAGAUCUAUUGUAGCAGGCUGGCCGGGUCUUGGGUCAUAAAUAGCAGAAACAGUUCUUUCUUCCAAUAUGAGGGAAGCCUUAUUUAGCAAGCUGGCCCCCAUUGAGCCGCAGGAAAACAUGAAAACCCAAAAUGAACUCCUACUCCACACUGGAGACUAACUAAGCUGACCCCAGUAGUUAAACAAAUAAAUCCUUGCAAAAUACCUUUACUUUCCACACAGUUUCAGCAGUCUUUUUUGACUCACAGUCUCUGUC